UUUCACUGCCCAUGAAAUUUCACCUUUAGAGAACGCUUGAUAAAUUUGAAAGUCGGAACAUAAAACCAUAAAUUCAUACUGGAAAUUGUCCUUAUGUUAAUAUCAAGCGAUGUUCGCGUUCCUCCGACAAGUAAUGGAAGAAAGAUGCGCAAUCCUUCAACUCGAAACGGUACUGGCCGAAUCCGCUAUAAGUAUGACUAUUAGUAAGAAAUUUUUGGGAGUUCUACAAUUGUCGUUUGAGGUAAAGUACAUGGAUGAAGACAUCAAACUUGCUAAGAAGAGAAAAAAAAUCAAAGCCAUAGAGGAGAAAAUGAAUGUAUUAUAUCAGAAUGUAAUGGAUGUUUCAAGAGACGCAAAAUUGGAUGAUAUUGUUGCUUUAUCGAAUGCUUAUUACAACAUAGGCUUAGAAUAUAUUUCUUCUACAGAUACUGACGACUUAAAGACCGCUGUACAGUGUUUUACAAGAUGUUUGACACUGUUAGGGGACAAAAUGUUAGACCGUAAAGCUAUAUUGACAUCUAUAGGUGCACUUAACGAAUUGCAUUUAGUUUGGGAUGUAGUGGAGGAAGGGAAAUAUAAUGUUAUAUACUUGAAUACAGCAUUAGAAAGAUACGUGACAUACACAUUGGAGGAUAAUUAUCCUGAUCCCAUCCACAUAGCAAGCUUUGUUGGUAUUAAAGAAAAAGAAUCGAAUCCUAGGAUUAUCUUGAACACUUUGCAUCAUACAACUUUACAGGAGUUCGGACGUCAAUAUCUUAAAAGGUCGAAAGAUAAUCACGCAUUUGUAAAGUACAUACAUGAUAUAUUAAACAUCCGACUGAGAGACAUGGUAGCUGACAAAACAAAAUUUGACGACAAAUGUCUUGAUAUGGCUUUAACCUUAUUUAAUCUGUCUAGAUAUUUUCUAGCAAACGGUCGUUUCGCUGAAGCUAAAAGUCACAUUGCUAUUGGAGAUUAUGUGAUAUGUACAUUUCAUGCAGAUAAAUUGAAAAUAACAAGGAAAAAAAGUAAAGAUUUUUCUCAUUUGUCUGAAAGUUAUGAUUAUGCUUCUGCCAAUAGUGCUAGAGCUUGGGGUUCCUAUGGAGUGUCUCUUUUACGAUUUUGGAUGGAAAAAUUCUCACAGAAUAAAAAAAGUAAAUCUUCUGAGGUACAAAAUCAUAUAUCAAAAUUAAAAAUAAAAUAUCAAGAUUCAAAUUUGAUAUUUUCUGCCUUGGAAAAAAAAUUGGAACAUCUAACUCUUGAGAUUACAAAAACAUGUAUAUUGAAUCUUGCUGAUGCCAAACUAGUCUUUGUAAAAACUUUGAGACAACUUGAAACAGCGAAGGAAUAUUUUACUGCAGACACUGACAUCGAAAAUUAUGCGAAGAUAAUGCUUAAAAUAUCGGAUACAUAUAAAUAUUUAGCAGGUUUUGAAGAACAAAGAGGUGAACAAAUAAAAUUACAUAAACGGCGAGUAGAAUGUUUAGAGGACGCUCGUAGAAAAUUUCAAGCAAUUACUGUAAAUGAUAGAGAAUUACAAAUUUACAAACGGAUUUGGUACGAAAUAGUGACUUCAUGUUCCACGGUAAUGGAUUUAAUGGUCGAGGAAACAUAUUACGACGAAUUAUUUGAAGAACUGUCAAUGAAAGCUGAUCAAUAUGCGAAAAUAAUCAGAGAAAAUAUCGAUCUUUAUUUAAAUGCAGUUUAGAUUUUUUUUUAUAUCUAGCCCUUACUAAG